AUGCAGCAAAAUCAUCAGUCCUAUGGGCAACACCCUUUGCCUAUGCAACCUCCACAGAGGCGGCAUGAUGGCACAUACACCUCCAUUCCACCUCCGAUGAGGCCUCAUCCUGGCUAUCAGCCUUUCUACCCUCAACAAAUGGGGCCUAUGUUGCCCCAAUAUCCUCAGCAUUACGCGCCAAAUUGGUAUGCUUAUCAGCAACACCAUAUGCAUCCCAUGCACACAAACCGGCCGCCCUAUUAUCCUCACCAUCCUAUGCCACCACCUCAAUACGCUCCUCAUCAUGGUCCGUUGGUGGCACCGCCGCUGCAGCGUACACAUCACUCCCCUGGCGGCUCGGCUCAUAGUUUGGCUUCCUUGCCUCCACAGCAAGCACCGAGUUCAGCCUCCACUGCAUCGACCACCAUGGUGCAGACACCUCCGUCUCCACCACUGAGCACCUCCAGCACGGUCAAUACAAAGAAGGAAACGGUCUCACCCUCGAUCUCUCCCGGGCCUCCAAGAGAUCAAAGCCCCGCGGUUGAAAUACCGCGUGAGCCUUUCCAUCCACCGGUGCCCUGGUUGUCGGUUGAAAAUGAAGCUUUUCCACCACGUGCUCCUCGCCGGAGGCGACGAAUUCCUCGUUCCUCGCUUGCGGCCGCACCGGUUAUCUAUCCAGCCCAGGAGAUGCCGACAAAAGAGACCCCAGAGUUAGAAACACCGCAGGGUGAGACAGGGCCGGAGGAGAAGUCUCCCGACAUCCCAGGAGAUCAGACGAUGACGCAGACGUCAACACCGUUACCAUCGACGCAACCCAAUACACCUUCGACUGUUCCUGCACCCGCAAGCAAAUCUCAACACACCCCCACUCCACCAAAAGCACGACCUGUUGCCCCGGUCGUACCCGCGGUGCCCAUUCUGCCUCCGAGCCCUUCAACACGAAGGCCUCAUCGGGAUUCCGCAGUCUCGACACAAUCUAAGCUUUCCGAGCAAGCACCAGAAGGGAGUGAACCCGCGGCGACCACGACCGAAACGGCAGAGACCAAGCCUACUGCAGAUGAAUCAGCUCCGGUCGUGUCCCCCCCGGCACCAAAGUCGUGGGCAAAUCUCUUCAAAUCCAACAGCUCCCACAUCGGUUCAACGACAACGGCAUCCUCUGAUGUCACUGGAAACGCCCCAGGAGCCGGAAAGAAUGGGACUCGCUCCGAUGUACUCCACGAUAUGAAUUCCGUUGUGGAGGGACCCAGUAAGAUCUCCUUCUUGAAACCACGCGGCCUCGUCAACACGGGGAACAUGUGCUACAUGAACUCGGUGUUGCAAGUUCUGGUGUUUUGUUUGCCUUUCUAUGACCUCCUAGCCAAAAUCGCCCAACGAAGCCCCCAUGCAUUCAAAAGCGAUACUCCCUUGAUCGAUGCCAUCAUUAUGUUCGUGCAGGAGUACCCCGCCAUCUGCUCGGCCACGUCGGUCGAGCAACUUCGUCUUCGGUUAAAACCGGAAGACUACGAAAACUACGGGGACUCUUUCAUUCCGGAAUACGUUUAUUCUGCCAUCAAAGAUCUCCCCCGAUUUCGAGAAAUGCGGAGAGGCCACCAACAAGAUGCCCAGGAAUUCCUGGGGUUCUUGCUCGAAGAACUGCAUGAAGAAUGUGCCCGCGCCAUGAGAUCCCGCCCGUCUUCCAGUUCGGGACGAUCCACUCCCGCCGGGAGCGCUUCAAAUGCAUCUGAACAUGCCGAUGCCGAAAGUGGUUGGAUGGAAGUGGGACACAAACAGAAGCCUUCGGUGACUCGAUCAUCGGGAGCCGUCGCGACUGAAUCGCCUGUCAUGAAUAUCUUUGGUGGAAAACUCCGGUCCGAGUUGAAAGUCUCGGGGAAUAAAAUGUCCGUCACCCUGGAGCCCUAUUCACCAUUGCCACUCGACAUUGGUUCUCCUCAGGUCCACAACAUCAUCGAUGCUUUGAAGGGACUGACUCGACCCGAAAGCAUGCAAGGUGAUUUCUAUACCCCCCGAGGACAGAAAGCCACCGCCACGAAACAAGUCUUCAUUGAGACUCUGCCGCCAGUUUUGAUUUUGCAUCUCAAACGUUUCCAUUACGACAACACCACCAAACAGGCGGAGAAGAUCUGGAAGAAAGUGGGAUAUCCUCUUGAACUUGAGAUUCCCAAGGAAGUCUUCCCGAUGCAAGCUCGAAACAAAUACAUUGCUCAUGGUGGACUCCCCAAAUACCGACUGACCGGAGUCAUCUACCACCAUGGAAAGAAUGCCAAUGGCGGACAUUACACUGUCGACGUUCGUCGUCAAGAUGGGCAUGAAUGGAUCCAUAUGGAUGAUACCGUGCUGAGACGAAUUCGAAGUGAAGAAGUGGCCGAAGGCGGGAGUGAAGAAGAUCCCAAAGUCCUGGCGGCAGCUCUGGAGCGACACAAACAGAGUGGUAACAGGUUCGAACAGAUUGAAGAUGAUGAAGAUGAUGACGACGGCUCAGAUAAAGUGUGGAGUCAAGUCAAUGGUCAUUCCAGAACCAAAUCAACGUUGAACGCUUUUGUCAAUGGGACUUCCACUCCAGCCAAAGAUUCAUCCGGGAAACAAACACCAAAUCCCAAAUUCGCAGCCAAGAACAACAAGGUGGCCUACCUGUUGUUCUAUCAACGAGUCUCGAAUUGA